AUGACAGAUCCCAAGGGCGGGCACUCGACCCAAUUCGACCCAACGUCACUCGAUGCGAAUCAGCACGGGAUCGCACAAAACACUAUCGACGAACAGAAAUCCAACUACGGCGCCAAAACUGCGGUGGAUCGCGACAUCGGAGGCAAGAUGCCGUCCUCCAACGUGUCGACCGGAGGGGCAUACGGUCUCCCAGAGAUCAGUAGCGGGGGACAGUCGCUAAGCGACAGCGUGAACGAAGCUCUGAAGGGCCGGGCGGGCAUGGCGCAGGACAAGGCACAGCGGAUCGACGAGAGCGUGAAGGUGGGCAAGGACGAAGAUCUCCACGACAAGGCUGCGGCGAAGCAGCCGUGA